AGUCUUAUGGCUGGGAGAUUCUUUUGUAAUUACAAUAUAGCUUUACUCUCUCGAGAUUGGAAAGCUGCAAUGUUGUAGCUCUUUAGGGGAGGGCCACCUUGGCCCCCGCCCUUAUGCUGUAGCUCCUUUUUUGGUCUCUAAUAUACUCUGUUUCUUAUCAAAAAAAAAAAAAGUGCAAAGAGAAAGUAGGGAAGAUCACUUCAGAGAUAGCUUCAAUAGUUGAGGUUGAUGAACCUUCAGGUAUUUCUCCGGAAGAGGUUUAGAAGAGAUGUUCCUUGAAGGAAAACUUGCUGAAUUUAUGCAUAAAGGAGGAGCAAAAUCUGAUUAUAAAAAUGCAAGAUUCAGUGGCUGAUAGAGGAGACGAAAUUAGUAAGUUUUUUUCACAAAUACUUGGUUGCACAAAAAAGAAAGGCUCAGAUUAUGAAAUUGAAGGAUAUCCACAAUAGUCCCACUGUAAAUCAAAAGGAAACUGAAGCAGAAAUUAUUAGCUUCUUUGAAGCUUUAUAUAUAAAUGAAGGUGCUGGAAGGUUCUCUCCAAAGGAAAUUAAUUGGAGGCCAAUCUCAAGUCAACACAGCAGCUGGUUAGAGAGGCUUUUUAAAGAAGCAGAAAUCUGGUUGGUUGAGUCAGGUUUGGGAGCUCUAUUUCUCUGCUGUCCAUUAUGAAUUACCUGCUUGGAGCUUUUAAGCCAUCUUGCAACAUAUCAAUCACAUUUUCUGAUGGGAAAACACGCAAGCAGGUUCCGUUAAAGAAGGAAAAUGGUCAGACGGUUUUGGUUCCCCUUUUCCAGAGUCAAGAAAAUAUUACUGGGAAGAUAACUAUAGAUCCUCUGCAAGGAAAGAAGGUUGACCACAAUGGUGUUAAAAUUGAGCUUCUCGGUCAAAUUGAGAUGUACUUUGAUAGAGGCAAUUUUUAUGACUUUACUUCUCUUGUUCGCGAAUUGGAUGUUCCGGGAGAAAUAUACGAAAGGAAGACGUACCCAUUUGAAUUUUCUACAGUUGAAAUGCCAUAUGAGACAUAUAAUGGGGUAAAUGUGAGGCUGAGAUAUGUCCUCAAAGUUACCAUCAGUCGUGGUUAUGCUGGUAGCAUAGUGGAAUAUCAGGACUUUGUGGUUCGCAACUAUUUGCCACUUCCAUCAAUCAACAAUGGUAUCAAGAUGGAAGUUGGAAUUGAAGACUGCCUGCAUAUCGAGUUUGAGUAUAACAAAAGCAAGUACCAUCUCAAAGAUGUUAUCAUUGGCAAGAUUUAUUUCCUACUGGUGAGAAUCAAGAUAAAAAAUAUGGAUUUGGAGAUCCGGCGUCGAGAAUCAACCGGAUCUGGAGCUAACACUCACGUUGAGACAGAGACGUUGGCUAAGUAUGAGCUAAUGGAUGGAGCUCCAGUUAGAGGUGAAUCCAUUCCAGUCAGACUGUUUCUUAGCCCAUACGAGUUGACGCCAACGCAUCGUAACAUCAACAACAAAUUCAGUGUGAAGUACUACUUGAAUCUUGUUUUGGUUGACGAAGAGGACAGACGCUAUUUCAAGCAGCAAGAAAUCACCAUAUAUAGGCUUCAAGAGACUACCUGAUUACUUCAUCUCCAAACACUGUUACACAAAAGCAGUUUUUGGAAAGGAGAAAGAUCAACAACUACUGGGAGCACUCUGUAAAGCUUUUGUAUUCUGGAAGAGAUCUUUUAUUUCUUCUUGUGCAACCAAAAUGUUUGACUGUGGUUGCUUUGGAAUGGAAUCUUGGUGAGAGCAUUUCUUUUGGCUGGUGGUAAGUCUGAUGUGUUUGAUUGUAUGAAACAUGGUUACUAAAUUGUUGCACAUUUCGUUACGAGCGACGGGAUCUGGUUUUCGGUGCUUUAGUUAUUGUAGAUCGUAUUUUCGUGUUGUCGGUGUAGAUCUUUUAUUUUGUUCCCACUUUUUUCUUAACUCUGCAUAUUGCUCGACAAUUCUUUUGUUGAUCAGAAGAAAUAAUAUUAUGCUUCUAGGA